UCAGCGGACACCCGGGAGGCCACCACGGCUUCUCCGGAGCUCCCUUCACCGGAUCGGGACGCCCUGAUUUUGGACGCUUCACCGGCUCCGGACGCCCUGACUUCAAGGGAUUCCCCACCACCCCGAAGGCA